GGCUGAAGAAGCUUGUCAGAAGCUUUGAAGGAAGGAAGAGAAAAAAUUCGGGGACUGUUUAGCAAGGACAACCUUUUAGUUUUUUAACCCAAUUUGAGGCUGGUGGAAUAGGGGAUUCCGUUUAGGAGUAGGGGGAAGACCCUACUCCUCCUCCCGAAUUACCCCCUUCCCCGAACCCCUGUGGCGGCUCCUACAAGUUACUGAUGGUGAAGGGGGAAGUAAAAGCAUUCCCUUUUGAAAUAUCUUUUUAAUUGCAACAAACGGAAAAGGAUUCGGGCGCUUGUGGCAGCGGGAGAUUGAAGGGAGUCCCCAGUGGCUUCAGUUCUAAGCUCCUUUGUGCAACUGUAUCGUGACAGCUCUGGUUAUUGCAGGAGCUUGGAUAAAGGUUCUGCCAGACGUGCUGGAAACUGCCUGAGACUGGGAGAGAGGGAGGGAGGGAGAGAAGGAGAGAAGCUUGGAUUCUAGGUCGCUCGUCUCAAUCUCUUCAGCAACUCUCGGACAUGUCUAAAGGGCCAGGUUCCCUUGUUCUGGCCCCCUCCCCUUGUUUGCGUCAGUCCGUACCCCGGACUGCUUUGAGGAGCCUCAGCAGCCUUACCGACUUGGACCGGGGCAUGUCCCAAGCGCGGAGGCCAAGCAACCCCUUCUCGGCUCCAGGACCCCAGGCCCACCAACAGCAGCCGGGUUCCUCCAGCUGCGACCCUUGUUUGAGGCCCAUUAUUUACCGCCGGGCCCGAUCGCUCCCCAGCUCCCCCGAGCGCAGGAAGAAGGCGUCGGGGAAUGCAGGGGCCCAGUGCAGACCCGGCUGCAGUCGACAGCAUCGGGUGCGAUUUGCAGAUGCCCUGGGUCUGGAGCUGACCCAGGUGAAGGUUUUCAAUGUCGGGGAAGACCCGUCGGUUCCAUUACAUGUCCUCUCAAGGCUGUCCAUCAACUCCGAGCUCUGCUGCAGUAGCCAGGACUUGGAGUUCACCAUUCAGUGCCUGGUUCCGGACUUCCCGCAACCAGCGGACCGCAGCGACUUCUCUAUCCGGCUCCAAGGCCAGCGCGUCUGCCUAGAGCGGGUCACCAGCUCAGACUUGGGCUUAAGCGGCACCAUCCGGGUGCUUAACGUGGCCUUCGAGAAGCAGGUGACUGUACGCUACACCUACAACUGCUGGCGGACCCAGCAGGAAGCAGGAGCCCGCUGGCGCAGCAGUGAUGGGGAUUCAGAUGUAUUCACUUUCUGCUUCCCUGUACCCCCCUACCUUCUGGGGCUCAGUUCAGUGGUCCAGUUUGCAAUUAGAUACCGAGUCGGGGGGAAUGAGUACUGGGAUAACAAUGAAGGUCAAAACUACAGUCUCAGGUGCCAGACCCAUCCUCUCAAAAUGCCACAGGAAUGUGAGGAGAGCUGGAUCCACUUUAUUUGAGUUAGGGUCAAGGCGAAUUUAUUUUUUUUUGGGGGGGGGUGAAGUUUACUUUCAGGAAGAGUACCAUAGGGGUUAUUUAAAACCUUUGAAGUUUUUGUCAUCCCUGUGAACAUCUUGGAACAUUUCUAACACAUUAUUCUGCAUAAGUCAAUACUUAACAGGGCCUAUUUUAUAUGGGAGCCAUACUAGCUGAAAUUACAAGGAAAUGUUAAAAUAAGAAUGAAGGAAGGGCCAUAAUAACUUUUGUCCCUUUCUCGUGGACUUCAUGGCAUAUUCGUCUAAAAGCUAAACCAUUUAGCUAAUGGAAUGGAGCUGCAUUGUCUGUCUGCAAGGCCUACUUUCUGCAGUGUUUCCUUUAUCCUAAAGCUAGAAACAAACUUGUUCUAGUAAAGUUUUAAAGCAUGUGUAUGUGCUCUAGCAAAUUAAUUUUUUAGUUUGGGAGACCGAGUCCUACUGUGUAAUGUGGUAUUUAUGAAUGUACUAGUCUGGCAAGCACUGCCUGUGGAGAUUAGGUUUUGCUAAGUAUUUUUGGAAAGGUCAUUUCUCUCCUAGAUUUGUAGGAAGGACUCUGAUUUUUGCAUGUGACCCAAAUGUGUCCAUAGAGCUCAGGCACUGUUAACAUUUGUGAUCUUGGUAUGUUUUCCUGCAGACAAAUGCCUUCCCAAGAAUAGGGACAUUUAUCUUUUUAAUAAGCUUAAAAAGAAUGAGUAGUGUUGAUUGUGUUGUGCCAGCUGUAAACAGAAUGUACCACUUUGUGAGUGUGAAGAACAUUAUGGUACUUUAUGGUAUUCUGGUCACGUCUCCAAUCAAAUAUGAGAUCAUGUUUAUUUGUCAAUCCACGGUUUACAUCUCUGUAAGAGUAGAGUACUAGUAAUAGUACAGAAAUGUAAACUGAGUCACAUAACCAUUCAUGUGUUGUGGUUUCCCUACCCAUGAGGGUCUAUAUUGUACAUGGGCAAGAGCCAAAGGUAGAAUAGAUUUAAAACAUAAUUACUUCUGCCAAAAUACAAAUGUUCUUGCAGUUGGCUUUCCUACCUAAAAUAUUUCCAUUAUAGAAGCCUAAUAAUUAUUUGUCUGCAUCAAUAUGUGUGUUUUAUUGAAUUAUUCUAUUUAGAUUUGAAACUACUUGAACAUUUUAAGAAACCUUGCCUUAAAUUAGUUUAGUUGUCCCUAAAUCCGGAAUACAGUUUCAGGUGAAAGAGGCUUUUACUAUUCCAUUUAUGGAGUUUAGAUCAUUUCUUAUGUUUGUUAAACUAUCAAGAAAUUAGUCAUGUUUCAGAGUGAAGAUGUUACAUAAAAGUACAAGACAUUCAUCAACAGCAAAAAGAGUGAUGGUAAUAAAUCCACAGAUAUUUGUCCUUUUUUUUUUUUUUU